UGGAUAACUGAAGUCAGCCUCUCUCCUACCAUUCAGCCAUCGCUCUGAUCCAACACUGCUGCUUUCUCCCUCUACUUACGAGCAUUUGUUAGUUUUGUCAUAGGUCUAACACUGUGAGGGAAGUGUCAUUCAUACAUCCAGAGGACUUCUGGUCCGCGUUUGGACAACUUCUACUUUUACGCAUGGCAACAUCGGUGACAAUCCAGGAGUGACAACUGGACGGGCAUAACGUGCGACGCUAAAUUGUGAAUUUACAGAGCUGUUUAUAAACUAAUCCCAGCUGUCUGCAGUCAGUGUUUGCGGAAGCCAUGUUUUCCAAAGCCACUGCCAACUUCAUCCGUCAGAUUGACCCAGAGGGGAGCCUCAUCCACGUGUCCCGAGUCAAUGACUCAAAAAAACUGGUUCCCAUGGCAGUGGUUGUCAAACGCAACCGCAAGUGGUUCUGGCAGAAGCCCAAGUACCAACCAACAGUUUUCACCCUCAGCGACUUGUUGCAAGGCGACGAGGUGCUCAUUCCUGGAGUGUCCGAGGCAGAAUUCCUUGACUAUGAGGGGACAUUUAGAGACAAAGUCUCUGGGACGCUGGACACCGAGGCUGGCUCUGCCAGACUCACAGUGGAGGGGGAGGGCUCCUUCAAGCUCCAGUCAUGUUUUGGCAAGCUGAAGAAAGAGGAACUGGAUGUGAGGACGCUGUUACGGGACUCCAGAAGCAGGUUGGUGGACAUGCAGCACCAGCUGGUGCAGCAGCUGGAGAAGCAAGCUGAUGUGCUGGCAGUGGUGAAGGAGAGGAUCCUCACCACAAGCUCCUGCUCCAUCACCCAGAUGAAAAGGGAGCAGUGCAUGUUUCAGGGGGUGCUCGGGCUAGUGGCCAUGUUGGGGAGCCCUGUCAAGAUGUGUGUGAAAGACAAAAACAAGAUUGAGGCAGACAGUGAUGUUUCCUUGGAGAUCCCUUCUGGUACAGUCAUUGCGUACAGCAUCCUGGAACUGGAGAUUAAAAAAAAUGGACACUUUAAUAUAUGUCUACAGCCUGACACAAUAGGAGGCAUUGAGCAAGACUCGCCCUUGUCCUGGUCAUCCCACGUCUCCAUAAAUGAGGUUGACGGCAAGCUCAAUGGGGGGAAGGCUCCAGAUACAAUACCUCUGAGUGCACUGCUUAAUGGAUCACAGGAGAUGGACCUUUCUCCUCUGGCAGAGCUGCCCGACUCAACUCGGUGUGCCUUGUUCAAGAGACUUCAGGAGGUUCUGAGCGACAAAGCUGCUCUUUCAUAUAUGGAGUUUUUGCUGGAGGAGUUGUGCAGUGGUAAAACACUCGAUAUGGCCAAGCACGAGGACCUGUCAGAGAGUCAGAGAGAAUCGUUGUCAGCCGUACUGGACCAGCUGGCUGAGAACAGCCAGGGUGGUGUCCCUCCCCACCUAAACGCAGCUCACCUGUUGGUCAGUGCCAUGGAAGAAUUGCCUGAUGAAACUCUGUGCCUCUUGAGUGAGAGCCGUCCUGAUUUUCUGAAGGCCUUCGACACGCUGAUGUGCACGCUACAGAAGAGCAGCGAGCCUUUCUCAAUCCAGCAGCUUCCCAUCGCGCUGCAGGACAACCAGGCCUUCCAACUGGCAGAACAGCUGCUCAGCUCCACUUAUGUGACGCUGAAAAGAGACGGCGACAUGCUGUGGAAGGAGACAGGAAAUGAAGCAGGGGUUCUCCCACUGGUCCUCUCUCUCAGCAUAGAGGGAUUGUCCCUGCUGUGCAAAGGGUUAAAACUGUAAUUGUGUCUGCAUGUGCACUUUCUUGUCUUCCUUUCUUUAUGUUACAUUAUCUCAAUUUCUUUCUUUAUUAUAAAGUUUAUUGGGAGUAAGCCUAUUGCAAUAUGUUGCAUAAAAUCCUUAUUUCAUGAUAUUAUUUUUUUUAUGCCUACAGUGUGAGAAAAAUAAUGCUAUUAUAUGUUCUUUCCUACAUCCUACAUAUGUUUUUAUACUUAACAAGCACUUAAUAUUUUGUAUACAAAAGGAAAUUUAUAUAUUUUAUGAGAUGGAUUCUUAUACUCUGGUGCAGCUCUGACAUUGUUUAUUUGUCUCGCUCUUUUAUAGCUUGUAAACCACCAAGUUGGUUUUUCAUCGAUCAGGCACCUUACAUAAAUGUGCCUUAUAAAGUGUUAUUGUUUUGUAUAAAUCCAGCUUUAUUUUUUUAUUUAUGAAAAUGUGUCUUCUUCAUCAGUGAAAAUGCACCACUGUUGAGCUGAAAACCAUUCAGAUUCCUUGGCUCAGAAAAAACUUUAAAUGUGGUAGAUGUCAAGUUUUUCAAUUUUCUACAAAGUGUAAAGUUUGAUGCUUGCUAUUAGUACGCAACUUUGGUAACAUUUAUACAUUUAUGCAGUAGGCUGAAAACUGUCAUGCGCCAUUUCUUGCCAGGAUUUUUAUUUUAAAUUGGUUGUAUUUUAUUAUGUAUGCUGCUCCUAAUCAAAAGAUUUGCUAUUAAGCUAUUUUAUUUAUCAAGAAAACAGUAUAUUUAACAUUCCUUCAUUAAAAUGUAGUAUUGA